AUGUCGAUCGGUCGGCUUAGUGAGUUCGAUGUGGAAGCUGGAAAUUGGGAACUUUAUUGUGAACGUUUAGAAAUGUAUUUUAAGGCGAACACUAUAAAGGACGAAUUAAAAUUGCCUAUACUAAUCUCGUCAGUGGGUGAUGUCGCGUAUGAAUUGUUAGUGAAUCUUGCGGUACCCAGGAAACCUGCAGAGUUGACGUUUCGAGAAGCCGUUACUUUGUUAAAAGAUCAUUUAAACCCGAAACCGUCAAUCCUUGCAGAACGGUAUAUUUUUCGCCUAAGAAAGCAAAAAAUGAACGAAAAAAUUCAGUGUUAUGUGGCACAAUUAAAAAAACUUUCUCGGUUUUGUGACUUUGGCGCCACAUUAAAUGACAAUCUUAGAGAUCAAUUUGUAUGCGGGCUAAGAGGUGACGCUAUACGGCAACAAUUAUUUGCGAGUGGAGAUAUCACAUUUGAAAAAGCAGUGAAAACAGCAUGCGUAUUGGAGGCGGCGGAACGAGACGCGGCCGCGGUCGAGGCGCCGGACGUGGGCGCGGGUACGAGCGCGGUUCCGUCGUCGGCGGCUACGUGCGUAUCUGAAGCAGCGAGUACUUCACGACGUAGUUCGACAGGCCUGGAUAGUGGUUUGCAUAGGAUGCAAAUUAGUGGCUGUUGGGUAUGCGGAGAUUAUCGGCAUAGGCGGUUAGACUGUAAGUUUAAGAAUGCCAAGUGUAGUCGGUGCGGGCAGAUAGGUCAUUUGAGACGGAUGUGUGGAGGAAAUUCGAUGAUGGCAUCUUUUUCUACGAAGAAGUUAGGUAGCGGGAAAGGAGCAACACGUAAUCGCGGGAAAGGCGACUCGGUUGCGUCGCACGGCGAGCAAACAAAAUGGCGGCCGGGGGCAUUGGCGAAUUCCAGUAAUCGUGGUGUUACUCACACGCAUUGGAUAGAAGACCAGGAGGAGCAUGAGGAACAGGAGGUGGAUGAAGCGAUGUAUCAAAUGUCCCUAAGCCAAUACAAGCCGGUGAGGAUUACAUUAAAUGUACAAAAAGUUAAUCUUACGAUGGAAAUUGAUACCGGUUCCCCCUUGUCUUGUAUUAAUUAUAAAACAUAUAUAAAAUAUUUUAAAAAAUUACCAUUGUUAGAGGCUAAUUUAUCUGUAAAUUAUUAUAAUUUAAGUCGAGAUAACGCAUUAGGCAGAUUAGAAGUAAGUGUAACAUAUGGAAAGAAAAAUAAACUAUUAGAUUUAUACGUAUUCAAAGUCGGCGCUACGAGUUUACUGGGACGGCAAUGGCUGGCCGAGCAUAAGGAUUUAUUCGAUGGUACUUUGGGGUGCUUCACGGGCGGUCGGGCGACGUUAAAACUGCGAGUCGACGCGGAACCCGUGUUCUGCCGCGCGCGGCCGCUACCGUACGCACUGCGGCCGCGUGUCGACGCCGAGCUGGAUGGCAUGCUGCGCGCCGGCGUCAUCGAGCCCGUCGACACCUCCGACUGGGCUACGCCGUUGGUAAUUGUACAUAAGCCUGAUGGUUCUUUGCGUUUAUGUGCCGAUUACAAAGUAACACUAAAUAAAAUGUUACAUGUCGAUAGGUACCCGGUACCCAAAGUUGACGAUUUAUUUUCACGGCUCAGGGGUAGUAAAUAUUUUACUAAGCUCGAUCUUUCUCAAGCUUAUAAUCAAAUUUUACUUGAUGACACUAGAAAUUUGACUGUGAUUAAUACUCACAGGGGUCUCUUUGUGUAUAACCGUUUGGUAUACGGUCUAGCUUCAAGCCCUGGUAUUUUUCAAAGAAUAAUGGUAAAAUUGUUUGAGGGCGUUCCCAAUGUAACCGUUUUUCUUGACGAUAUAUUAAUACAUGAUUCUUGUCUGGACUCUCAUAUUGAUACGGUAAAUAGGGUCUUGCAAAUCCUUAAAGGUAAUGGAUUGAAAAUAAAGAAACAAAAGUGUGACUUUUUAUGUGAGGAGGUAAAAUAUUUAGGAUUCAUAGUUAGUAGCGAGGGAGUGAGGGUAGACAGUGAAAAAAUCAAACCGAUUUUAGAAAUAUCUCCUCCAUGUAAUGUAUCUGAACUAAAGUCUUUUCUGGGUAUGGUAAAUUUUUACGGAAAAUUUAUAAAAAAUUUGUCUGGAACUUUAUUUCCUCUUUAUGAAUUGUUAAAGAAAGGAAAACACUGGUCAUGGGGCGCAGAACAAGAUGUUGCGUUUAAGACGGUAAAGAGACUUCUUGUAAGUCCUGAAAUAUUAGUUCACUAUGACGAAUCGAAACCGGUCGUAGUGACGUGUGACGCGAGCGGACGCGGCAUCGGUGCAGUGCUCGCGCAGGCGGACGAGUGCGGCCGGGAGCGCGCCGUCGCGUACGCCUCGCGGGCGCUCACGCCGGCCGAGCGGAAUUAUAGCCAAAUACAUCGGGAAGCGUUAGCUAUCGUUUUCGCGGUUAAAAAGUUUCACCAAUAUCUGUACGGUAGACAUUUCAUUUUGCGAACCGAUCACAAGCCUUUAACUAGCAUAUUCGGGGCAGACUCGGGAAUACCUAGUAUGACGGCGAGUCGAUUACAGCGUUGGGCGUUAUUGUUAUCGGCAUACGACUUUACUAUCGAGUACAUAAAUACUAAUAAUAAUGGGGCCGAUGCACUAUCGAGGUUGAUGCAAGGCUACAAGGCGUUAAACGCUAAAGAUGUUUGUGAAUAUGAGCCGGAGCAAACUUAUCUACAUUUUGCUUCCGAAGCCCUUUUGCUUAAUUUUGAAACUAUUAGAAAAGAAACCCGGAAAGAUCCUAUUUUGAGUAGAAUUAUGUCGUAUGUUAGGGACGGGUGGCCGAAAGACAUAGAAAUUAAAGAAUUUAAACCUUAUUUUAAUAGGCGCACGGAACUAUAUUACGAAUUAGGAUGUCUAAUGUGGGGUCAUAGGCUGGUAGUACCUAAAACUUGUCGAAACAAGAUUUUAUUAGAAUUGCACGAUAGUCACAUGGGUAUUGUAAAGACUAAAGCUAUAGCUAGAAGUUACGUAUGGUGGCCUGGGAUAGAUGAGGAAAUCGAGGCUUGCUGUCGCGAAUGUGCAGUGUGCGCGGACGUCGGCGAUGCGCCGCCCCGCCACGCCCCGCAGCCCUGGCCCUGGCCUGUUAGACCUUGGACGAGACUACAUAUCGAUUUUUUAGGUCCCAUUGUAGGAAAUAAAUUUUUAGUUAUCAUAGACUCAUCCUCAAAAUGGAUCGAGGUCUGUAAAAUGAAAGAAACCACAGCUUUAGCGGUAAUCACUAACCUCAGAGAAAUUUUUGCUCGUUUCGGCAUUCCGCGUCAGGUUGUUAGUGAUAAUGGACCACCCUUUAGUAGUGUCGAAUUCAAUAACUUUUUGAAUAAUAAUGGAAUUGAACAUUGUUACUCGGCUCCGUAUCACCCAUCUUCGAAUGGGGCGGCCGAGAAUGCAGUUAAAAUAUGUAAAAAAGUAAUUAAAAAAGCUCUGAAACUUCGUAUAGAUAUUGAGUGUGCGUUACAACGUUAUUUAUUAAUGUACAGAAAUACUGAACAUCAUACGACUGGUGAAUGUCCUGCUAAGAUUUUGCUGGGUAGGUCUGUCCGUACGAGGCUUGAUAGAAUAAAACCGUCCCGUGAGAAUUUAGUUUUGAAAGCUCAGCAAUAUCAACAACGCGCAGCGGGCGGUUCGCACCGAACCUUUAACGUAGGAGACACUGUGUGGUAUAGGGCGUAUCAGGGUCAAAGUAAAUGGUUGCAAGGCCGAGUUAAAGAUAUUAUAGGCAGUACCGAUUAUGAAAUUGAGACAACUGAGGGUACCGUAGUUCAUCGACACAUAGACCAAAUGAAACUCAGGUCGUCAUCUCAAAAUUCAGAUACUAAAUCUAAAAAGUGGAACACAAUAGUUUUGGAAAGUGAUCACACGGCGUACCCUUUCGCGGGAUCGGGGGGCUCGAGUUCGCGCUUAAAUGGAGAUGGCGUGACCGAUGGCACUCAGCUCGGUGAGGGGGGUGAUGGGGUGCCUCAAGGUGCCAACGAUAAUUCUGCAAUGGCUCAAAAUAUACGUCGUUACCCGUUGAGAGUGCGUAAUGCACCGGACCGUUAUGGGUUUGAUUGA